CGAGCACUCGUUGCCACUGUAAAGCCUCGAUCGCCACCACCGUGAGCUUGAUUCCACUAUAGAUUGAGCAUAAAGACUUGAAUCAAAUCGCAAUCGCUUGCUGGGUAUCUCAGUUUUUUAGCCUCUGAUAGGCUUAGGGGGAAAUGGGACUUGAUCGGGACCUUUUAGCUCGUCGCUUUGAGGGUUGAAGUUGAUGCCGACUCUGUGAUAGGAAGGAGAACUGGUUAUGCCGUAACCGGAGCAAAAAACUCUUUUAGAAGAGGUCUUCUUAUAAACUUCGGAAGCCAAGAGCCAGAAGACAUGAUAUUGACUGAGCCAGAAGUGCUGGAGCGUCUCCGCUUUCGAUCAAUUCCUCUUCAAGGUGAUGAUUGCUCUCACAUUGAGCAAGGCAAACAUGUCCUUGCUGCCUUCAAUUCGCAUUUCCCAGAGUGCUUCUACGAUGCUAAAGUGGAAAAGGUGCUCAGAGUAAGACACUCGAAGAGGAUCUAUUGUAGAUGCACUUUCACUGUUAAAUUGCUUCGAAAAGAUGUUAAGGGAGAAACCUUCACUGUAUCAUCUAGUUCAAUCAUGAGAUUAGCCGAGAAAACUAUAAAGGAACACCCUGUUAUUUCUGAAUUCUUGAAAUCUGUGGAAAGUCAAGCUAUAUAUUCUGUCUCUCCAUUCUUCCCUGUUGACAAAGAGAAUGGUGUUGAAGAGGACCUGGACAGGAUGCUGGAAGAGCAAAAGGGUUGUACUAUGUUUGAUGAUCCUAAAGAUGGAAUUUCAAGAGACAUUCUGUUUGGGAUUGGGAUGAAAGUUGAGAAGAAGGGACAAGCACAACGUAGACUUAUUGAUGAAUUUGAUGCAAGUAGUUUGCCUGUUCAAGGUCCUGAAGAACAAAUUCGAUUGGAAGCAUCUCCUCAGGAUCCAGUGAAAAUGCAACUGGAUGUAGAGGUUGAAGUUCCCGUGCCUUUAGGUUCAUCUAUUUUUGAACUUUCUAAUAACAAGUCCCGACUCAGUCCUCUUGCUGCCCGUGCGGCUCUAGCAUCAAUAGUGUCAGCUGCUCAUAGUGUAGUGACAAAUGGUACUAAGGCAGGUGACUCUUGUAUCAUUGGUAGUUUGUCUCCGCUGAGUGAUAAAUCUUUACAAGUGCCAUCUCAUUCUAUCCCAGCUGCUUCAGAGUACAUUGAUUCUAGAGCAACAGAGAUGCGUUCAACAAAUGAAACCAAGGUGAGGGAACUUACAAAAAUAGCUAGAAUAACUCAAUCAACAGCUCGAGGAGGUUCUGCUGCCGCAAAUCGUGAAAAUCUGAUAAAGUCCUGUGAUGAAGAGAUACAGAAAAGCACCUUGGCAAACACUAGAAGGUUUACCCGUUCUUCUGGGCUUGCAGAGAGAGAAAAUGUAAUAACAGUCAAGCAGGGUUUGCACUAUGAUUUGACCCAGAUGACGACAUCAAAUAGAAGUUCCACCAAGAGGAAAGUAUCUCAAAAGAAUGAAAAGGUCUCAUCACCGGUCGAUGCUGAGUUUCAUGGUCCUUCCAAUGAAAAAGUUGAGAAAACCGUAGAUAACAAGAAUAAAAUUGAAGAGAAAACUUCUGGUGCCAAGCAAAAGGAUGGAGAGGAAACUUCUGACGCCCUAAAAGAUGUUCAACAAAACAAAGGUGUCAGAGAGAGCAGCCAUGGUCAGAAGAGGAAAUUGGUCUCUUCCAGAAAACAAGAGCGACGGUUUUCUCCUCGGCUUCAAUUUCUCCCACGCACUCGUUCACAGGGCAAGUCUCAGCGAUAAAUUUUGUUGAAAAAUCUCCAAUUCAAAGCAAAAGGCCAAGUGAUAGUAACCUAUCGGCUUUUUCUCCAUGAUCUGUUGCUCCACCUGUUCAAGUUGAACAGGUUGAACAGGUUGAACAGGUAGUGAAGGACUACAAAACCUCGCAGGAUUUGUGGGAGGACCUGAUGGGUAUCGCUGUAUCGGCAGUGCUCGUGGCCUUUUCAUGUAGUUUGCCGGGACAGCGAUAUAGUAAGAAAAUUUCUGUCCACUACCUCUUGAACAGGAGCGAAUCCGCAUGCUAUGUAGAUCAUAUGCAUCUAUAGUAAGCAUUGAGCCGUAUCUUACACUUCAAAUUUGUCAAUCUGAACUUUCAUAGGGAUGUCUGCAUGACCAGGCUUCAUUUAAACCUACUGAUAUCCUUGUCUUUGGGUAUUUUAUUCGAUGCUAGAGGGUAAAACCUGAACACUUUGCU